GGAGAGGAAGUGUGGGAAGGAUGGAAGGAGCGGAGGAGAGGCCAGGAGAGGCAACAGAGGCAGUGUUCAGCAUCCCACACAUCGUGAAGGGCUUCACGGUGCCAGAGGGCGGACAGCUGGCGCUAGCAGGGUACUUGGAAAGCUGGACGGAGGUGAACAAAUUCUUUGAUGUUCUUGGGCCGUUUUUUCAGUUUGUUGCCAGAGAUGUGUCAGCGAAGGUGGGGAUCCUUGAGAAGUACCUCCAUGGCACCAAUGGGGAACGUUACUCUACCGUCCAGUCUAUGAUCAUCUACGAGAGAGACAACGGUCUCCUUAUCAGCAGUGACAGACCUUCUGGAGCGAGGACUUUGUUGAGGCUUCACCGAGGUCUUGAUUAUGCUUCAGAAUUCGUUAAGGAACUUGGGAACACGUCAGUUGAAAACAACUUCGGGAGGAGAGUGUCUGAGAUCUACCUGUCAACUCUGGGAAGAUUACAGAACAAAAUACUGGCAAAGACUAUAUCAGGACUGCUACUCUUGUUGCCGCCAAGGAAAACUUUGCUUCAGAGGAUAUCUAAAAGAAAUAUUGAAGUUGAGAGAGAAUUGUUGAGACAGUUUCCUAUGAUGAGUGAGUCUAUGUCUCUCGCCUAUAACAAAACUCAGCAGAUAUACGAGGAAUACAACAUCCUGGAUUUACCUUAAAUUAUAAGGAAUGACUGUUAAUACUAUAGUUAUUAAAUGUUUAAUAGUUACUAAAUAUUUAAUAUGUUUUAUAGUUACUAAAUGUUAAAUAUGUUUUAUUUGUCAUGUGUAUUUGUGGUAAUAUGUAUUUCACUGUAGUUGCUGAGUGUAUAUAUAUAUAUGUUAGGUGUGGUUGACAUGUGUACUUGCGAUUACAUAUAUUUUAUAUACCAUGAGGAGUUUGUUUGUUCCUAUGUUAACAUUAGUGUGGUGGUUGUGUAUUGUGUGUUAGUGUAACAAGUCUGUGUAUAAAGCAGCUAGCUACUUGACUGAGUUUACCUUGGUGUAGUGAUGGGUGUACUCAAGCCGGGACACUAGUUUACUGACCAGCCAGGGAGUAUAUUUUACUUCUGAACAUAGUUUAGGACGAAUGUUCUCUCAGGAAAUAUAUUUAUAACAUUGGCCUAACUGUUUGUAGCAAAUUUUGUGUUUUUUUACACGUAAAACUGUUCCUGAGACUCGUCUGAGACGGUAUUUCAGGAAAGUAAUCUCAGUAAGAUAUUUUACGAUAUAUGAAUCAAAAUCAUAAUUUAUAUAAUUGUACAGUGGUGUGAUUUCAGACAAAGUGAUUUUUUUAGAAAAAUCAUCAGGACAAAUUUUGGACCUUUGACAAACCGCCGGCUUCCUCUUAUCGAAGUAACUAGAGUGUUAGUGACCCUCAGGUAAAUUUAAGUGCUUUUUCACAAAUGUGAAUUAUUGUUUUAUAAAUAACUUUGGCUGACGAGAGAGAGAUUGUGGAAAUUCUAGAUAAUUUAGGAGUAAUGAUCAUUACAAAACAUUCAUCAUCAUGUAAGAAUGUUUUGACUUGAUUGUGAUCACAUUUGGUGCUUCCAUUUCUUAUAUAAACAUUAUGGGGGAGCCUAAUUACAGUGUCCACCGGUGACUGACAAAUUGAUGUUGCUUUUAACACCGUUAUGCAACUAAUUUUUUUUAUUAUACAUUGAAGUACUCUGUAUAUUGAUAUUGAUGAUGUACUUAACAAUAUAUGUUGAAGAUACGC